UUGAUUUAGUGAACCAAUGUGGAAGAUACCAUAAAAGUCCUAUCGCUCUAUCGAAUUUUAGGAGAAACAAGUAGCAGAAAAUUAACCAUGCAUACUCCCUUCCUAAUUUCUAGUCGAUUACGUCUUUUUCCCAUGUUGAUUGGUGGCACAGAUGUCUUUAACAAAUUCAAAGAUAGUGAAGGGAACUUGAGGGAAUCACUCAUCGGUGAUGUGGGCGGAUUGCUUAGCCUAUAUGAAGCUUGCCGGUUAAGGUGUCAUGGCGAUUCUAUCUUGGAAGAAGCACUUUCUUUUGCUACAACUUACCUUGAAUCAAUCAAUGAAAACAAAGUGAGCACUAGUCUUGCGAAACAAGUGAGUCAUGGCCUAAAGCAACCACUUCGCAAGGGGUUGCCGAGGCUCGAGGCGAGGCAUUACAUUCCACUCUACCAAGAAGAUCCUUCACAUGAUGAAGUCUUGCUCGCCUUGGCUAAACUAGAUUUCAACUUACUGCAAGAGCAACACCGGAAGGAACUUGGCAAGAUUACAAGGUGGUGGAAGGCCAUAGAUGUUUCAAGGAAUUUCCCAUUUGCUAGAGACGGGAUUGUGGAAUUGUUCUUCUGGAUCUCGGGAGUAUAUUUCGAGCCAGAGUUCGCCUUGGCCAGAGAUAUACUAACCAAAGUGAUCGCCUUGACUUCUAUUCUUGACGAUAUCUAUGACGUGUAUGGCACGUUGGAAGAACUUGCACUCAUCACCGAAGCAAUCCAGAAGUGGGAUGUUGAUGCCAUGGAUGGACUACCAGAGUAUAUGCAAGCUUAUUACAAGGAGCUUCUCCAUCUCUAUGAAGAAAUUGGGAAUGAACUGGCCAUAGAAGGAAGAUCGUACCGCCUCAUCUAUGCAAAAGAAGCCAUGAAGAAGCAAGCAAGAGCGUACUAUCAAGAAGCCAAAUGGUUCCAUACGAAGUACACACCAACAUUGAAGGAGUACAUGCCCCUUCAACUAAUAACAAGCGGCUAUGGACUAUUAUCGACUACAUCACUAGUGGGAAUGGGUGAUGUGGUCACAAAGCAUACUUUUGAAUGGGCGAGUGGUGACUGCAAGAUUGUGAAGGCUGCAGAAACCAUUUGUAGGCUCAUGGAUGACAUUUCCUCUCACCACUUUGAGCAAAAGAGGGGGCACUUAGUAUCUGCGGUGGAGUUGCUCAUGAAAGAACGCAGCAUGUCGGAGCUAGAAGUCGAGAAGGAAAUCCGGAAAGGAGUCAUUGAUGCCUGGAAGGACACCAAUGAAGAGUUUCUCCGUCCAACCGCGGUUCCAGCACCGGUUCUCACACGGGUUCUCAAUUUCUCGCGGGCGAUGGAUGUGAUGUACACCAACGGAGAUCACUACACCCAUUCUGGAACCAAGCUCAAAGGUUCCGUUACAUUGCUCUUCGUUAGUCCCUUACCGAUGUGA